GGUUCAUUUGGUCCAUUAUUAAUGUAAUUAAUAAAGAAGCAUGCAUAAGUAUCCAUUAUAGAAUUAUGCGCAAUUCAAUAGAUAUAAUAAAAUUACCUGGUUAAAUUAGUACUAUAAAUACAGCUAAUACCUUUUAAUAAAUACUAAAAAUAAUCCAUAAAAUACAAUUAAUAUAACUAAUUUGUAUUUGAGUUAAAUAAUUUGCUAAAAUGUUUACCAACAUGCUUACCUAUUUAUUUGGCCUGGCUAUGGUGGCCUUCCGUACUCAACAUGUAGUUCCCGAUCUUAUUGACACUGUGCCCCCUAAUCUACUCCAGGUUAAAUACCCUAAUGGGACAGUAAUGUUAGGAAACGAGUUAACCCCUACCCAAGUGCAGAAUCAGCCUACUGUCCACUGGCCCACAGAGGUGGGUGCUCUGUACACCCUGGCCAUGUUGGACAUAGAUGUGCCUAAUCAUACUGACCGCUCAGACGGCAACUUCAAGCACUGGCUGUCUGUGAACGUACCGCACAGUAACGUCCAGUUUGGCUAUACUUUGGCUAACUAUAUGUCUAUACAUCCACCGAAAGGCGUCGGUUUGAAACGCUAUGUAUUCCUGGCCUACAAACAGGCCAGACGUAUAGGGGGUAUGGACCCGGAUGAUAGUGUCGAUGCCAGGAUCAACUUUGAUAUCAACGCAUUUGCCAAGCAAUAUGACCUGGGCAAACCUAUGGCCGGUAACUUUUUCCAGGCUCAAUGGGAUGAAUCAGUUGGGGAUGAUGAAUGA